AUGGUGUUCAUCGCAUCCCCCAACCACAAAACCUUAACCCUAAACCUAAACCCAAACGCCACCACCCUCCAAGCUCUGAAGUUCCAAAUUGAACAAAUUUCCAACGUACCCAUCUCUCACCAGCGCCUAUUCAUCUCCCAAAGCCUCCAAUUGUUGACCCAAAGAGGCUCCACCCUCCUCGCCGACCUUGGCAUCAAACCCUACUCUACCCUAACACUCCACGUCCCCUUCUUCGGUGGCACCCUACCCCACAAAAAUCCCAAACCCCGCCUUGAUUUCAUCAAUUCCAAGCCUCCUGAGGGUUAUGUCGCUGGGCUUGGCCGUGGUGCUUCUGGGUUCACCACAAGGUCCGACAUUGGGCCUGCCCGAUCUGCCCCCGAGCUGCCCGAUAGGGCAAUUGGGCAGCUUGAGGAAGCAGGGGAGGAAAAAGGGUACGAUGAGAAUCAGCAAUUUGAUGAUUUUGAAGGCAACGAUGUUGGGUUGUUGGCACCAGAUGCCAAACUGGAUGAAGAUGAUGAGAAGGAUGAUGCAAUGUGGAAAGCAGUUGAUGAGAGAAUGGACUCCAGGAGAAAGGACAGGAGAGAGGCUCUGUUGAGAGAAGAGAUUGAAAAGUACAGAGCUUCCAAUCCCAAGAUUACAGAGCAGUUUGCAAGUUUGAAGAGGAAUUUGCACACAUUGUCUGCCCAAGAAUGGGAGAGUAUACCUGAAAUUGGGGAUUAUUCAAUGAGAAACAAGAAGAGGAGGUUUGAGAGCUUUGUGCCGGUGCCGGAUACCCUUUUGGAGAAGGCAACGCAGGAGAAAGAGCUUGUUACUGCAAUAGAUCCCACUAGUACAGAUUUGACUGCCGUGAGGCAGGGCAGAGAUAUAGUGUUGUCUUUGAAAUUGGAUAGGAUUUCGGAUUCUGUCUCGGGGUUGACAGUUGUUGACCCAAAAGGGUAUCUUACUGAUCUUAAAAGUAUGAGCAUCACAAGUGAUACAGACGUUCAUGAUAAAAAUAAGGCUAGAUUGUUGAUGACGAGUUUAAUGAAGUCAAAUCCUAAGAACCCACGUGUGUGGAUUUCGGCAGCAAGGUUUGAGGAAGUGGCAGGAAAGAUGAAGGCAGCCAGGAAAUUGAUUCAGGAAGGGUGUGAUGAGUGUCCUAAGAGUGAGGAUGUGUGGUUGGAGGCUUGUAGGCUUGCUACCCCGAAAGAUGCUAAGGCUGUUAUUGCUAAGGGAGUUAAAUUUAUUCCCAAUUCAGUCAACUUGUGGAUGGAGGCUGCGAAAUUGGAGCGUGAUGAUUUGAACAAGAGCAGGGUCUUGAGGAAAGGGUUGGAACACAUUCCUGAUUCUGUUAGGCUGUGGAAGGCAGUCGUGGAUCUAGCGAAUGAGGAGGAUGCUAGAAGUUUGCUCAAAAGGGCUGUGGAGUGUUGUCCAUUGCACAUUGAAUUCUGGCUUGCACUCACAAGAUUGGAAACUUAUGAGAACGCCAAGAAGGUCCUCAAUAAGGCAAGGGAGAAUCUAUCGGAGGAGCCUGCAUUUGGAUCACCGCAGCUAAGUUGGAAGAAGCUAAUGGGAAUGUGUCCAUGGUUGGGAAGAUGA